AUGGACGAUCCCUCGCGACCUCGGAGCGCGCCCGCGAGCGCGGGAACGCACGCGAAACCGUCCACGACGUCGCAGUCGGUGGGUAAGAUCACGCUCCGGCCGGGGUACUCGCAGAUGGAUUGGUUGCGUCGGAGCAAGCGCGAGCGCGUGGACGGAGGCGUCGGUGACGUCGAUACGCGGCGCACGAUCUCGCUCGAGGAGCUGAGGAGACACAACACGCGGAACGAUUGUUGGAUCGGCCUUCGGGGGCGGGUGUACAACCUGACGGCGUACGUGGAGUAUCACCCGGGCGGGGCGGCGAUUUUGGAGCGGUCGUUCGGCACGGACGCCACGGCGCUCUUCGACAAGUAUCACAAGUGGGUGAACGGGGAGUACAUCAUGCGAGCAACGCAGGUAGGGGUCAUGCCGGGAUUCAUCGAUGACGAUGAGAGCGAUUGA